AUGAAGUUCCUCUAUUGUCUUGCUACUAUUCUGGUAUCACUCCCUUUGUGUGUACAGGCCCAGGAUUAUACUCGCCCAAACGACCUCAACAUCACAGAGGCUCAAGCCGAAAAAUAUAAUUGCGACGCUCUCUGCCAGGAGAACCUCCAGAAAUAUGAGGGAUUGGACCGUCAAAUCUUUGGCAAUAUUCCCUUCGAUUAUGACUUCUACGCAACUGCGGCAAACUUCACGAGUUCACAGCCCGGGGACUUGUUGAAACUCCAGCAGCAGAAUGAAUCUAUGUAUGACAUCCCACCUGGAACGUCGUUAUGGCUUAUGCAAUACAUAUCUGUCGAUGUUGGCGGAGCGCCGGUCCCAGUGACUGCCUUUAUUGCACUUCCCUACGCGGAGGCUCCAAGAGACAAAGUCCGUCUCGUCGCAUAUGCCCAUGGAACUAUUGGAUUUGUCCCCGCUUGCGCUGCAUCGUCUUCUUACAAUGGAUAUGACUAUCACUCUUGGCAGCUUCUCACAGCUCCCGGAUAUGCUGUGGUUGCUACAGACCAUGCAGGCCUAGGAAAUAAUUAUACUUCCCACAAGUAUGGCAACCCUGUCAUUAACUCUGAGGAUGUUUAUUUCUCGGUCGUUGCUGCUCGGAAAGCCUUUCCGGAAGCCUUUACGACUGAAUGGGCUUCUGUUGGACAUUCUCAAGGAGCUGGAACUGUCUGGGGGCUCAGCGAGAACUCUCGUGUCACUACCACCGAAAGUGGCGAAUACUUGGGCGGAGUUGCCAUCGCUCCUAGUGCCAGAUUGGAUGAUCUCCUCACAGCUUCGCCCAUUGCGAAAGGAUACGGCUUUGGUGACUUCAUCGUGAACAUAUUCAAGGCUCUAGACUUCCCGAUACAACCAAUCGUUCUUACCCCGGCCGCUAUGGACCGUUAUCCGCUCACAUACGAACUCGGACUUUGCGACGUUUCUGCAUCGGAAUUAAAUGUUGACCUACCAAACCAUGGCAUUGUGGACUCCACGCCUGACAUUACUCAACACAAUCAUGAAGCUUAUAUCGCAUUCCAAAACAAGUAUGGCGCAGCUACCGGAAGAAAGGGAUACAAGGCGCUUCUCGUUAUUCAAUCUACCGACGACGAAAUAGUGAAUGUUACUGCUACGGUGAAGGCGUACGAAUACGCGUGCAAGAUAGGAAAUAUCGUUCACCUGAGUUUAUAUUCGGGCCUUAACCAUGAUUCUUCACCCGCCGCCUCAUCUCCAGAGUGGCUUCAAUGGCUUGACAGCAGGUUUAAGGGUGUGAGAUCUGCAGACGCAGAUAAAUGUGUGGUCGAGAAUGUACCUCAGUUGCUCGAUACUUUGGUUUGA